AUGGGUCUUAAAGGUUUUGUUCAGGAAGGCAUAGCUUCCAUUGUUGCAGGCUGUUCCACACAUUCGCUCGAUCUCAUCAAUCUCGGGCGAGUGGACCCCAUCUACAUUGGGGUUUGCAUAGUGCAUAUUGAAGACGUCACAACAUUGUUCUCCCGCGCCUUCGCCACCUUUGGGGAAGAAUGGGAGGUCUAUGUUAUGGCUUAUGCGGAGAAUUUCUUCCUGCGUUGGUAUGGUUUGGGCAUGGGUGUCGGGUUGGGAAUCUGUGGGUGGUCCGUUAAUCUUUGUAUGCAUUGGCAGUGGGGAUUAAUUAGGAAUCGAUUGGACUUGAUUUGUUGA